CGCAUGCUUGCGCGUCUUCCCGACAGUUACGUUUCGGCCUGCGAACAAAGCGUUUGGUUGCUCGCCUUCGAGCGUUAUUUCCAUUCAUUUUAGCUACACAUUUUUUCUUCUCUACGAAUAUACAUAUAUAACGGAUAAAAACGGCGCUUUGAGAGAACUCAUCACUCGACAUACGAUCUACACAGCAGAUUAGGCACACAGCCUUCUAUUCUAUCGGCUACCGUCGAUUUGUAAUCCAAUAUACCUGACAAACUAUAUACCCCUUUACAAUUAAGCGUUUUUCGCUGAUACAACGUGUAAAAGUUUGAUAUCGAGCAGAAUGACUAUGAAGAUUCGCGUUGAAUCGCCGAAAGUGAAAUACACCCAAGAUUAUAUCGAAGCACGAUACGAGUAUCAAACGACAAACGUUAAAGAGGACGACGAUAGAAACUAUACGGGAAAGGAACAAAUAUAAUAAAAAAAAAAAAAAAUGAACAGCUGAUCGAACGCUAUGAUUUUAAUUUCGGAAAUGAAUUUUUCAAUUUUUGAAAAAAACAGGUCCUUGUAUUGUACAUCACUGUUUACUAGCAGAAAAAUACCUUGGAUACAAAUAUUAACAAUUACUACGUGUGUCACCUGUAUCGACAAAUUUAUUAAUUAGAACACAGUUGAAGGUUCCAAAGCUUGGAUUGAUGUUGGUAGGAUGGGGUGGAAAUAAUGGUACCACUAUCACCGCAGCGCUGUUAGCAAAUAAACUUAAGUUGACAUGGGAAACUAAGAAUGGUCUUCAAAAAGCAAAUUGGUACGGUUCUUUAAUUCAAGCUUCUACCGUUAAGCUGGGUAGAGGAAGUAAAGAGGAUGUAUACAUUCCUAUAUCUUGGAUGCUACCAAUGGUAAAUCCAGAUGAUAUCAUAAUCGACGGUUGGGAUAUUUCCGAUAUGAAUUUAUCGGAUGCCAUGCAUCGCGCGAAGGUUUUGGACAUUAAUUUACAGAAGCAAUUGAAACCGCAUAUGGAGCAUAUGAAACCAAGAAAAAGUAUAUACUAUCCUGACUUUAUUGCUGCAAAUCAGGAAGAAAGAGCAAAUAAUAUUAUUUCUGGUACAAAACUUCAGCAUUUAAAUUCAAUUAGAAAAGAUAUUGCAGAAUUUAAAAAUACAAAUAACUUGGAUCAAGUGAUAAUAUUAUGGACUGCUAAUACCGAACGAUUUUCCGAGAUAAUUCCAGGUGUAAACGACACAGCUGAAAAUUUAUUGAGAGCUAUAGAAGAAGACCAUUCGGAAGUUAGUCCAAGUACAGUGUUUGCUGUUGCAGCAGCUUUGGAAGGUUGUACAUAUAUAAAUGGCUCUCCUCAAAAUACCUUUGUACCAGGAGCAAUAGAAUUAGCAGAAAAACAUAAUACAUUUAUUGCUGGCGAUGACUUUAAAUCUGGACAAACGAAAUUAAAAUCUGUGUUAGUAGACUUUCUAGUCUCGGCUGGUAUUAAGCCAGUAUCAAUUGUUAGUUACAAUCACCUUGGGAACAAUGACGGAUAUAAUUUAUCUGCUCCUCAACAAUUCCGUUCGAAAGAGAUUUCAAAAAGCAACGUGGUAGACGACAUGGUACAAUCGAAUAAGAUUCUUUAUCAGCCUGGAGAAAAGCCAGAUCACUGUGUUGUUAUUAAAUAUGUUCCAUAUGUUGGUGAUAGUAAACGGGCAAUGGAUGAAUAUACAUCAGAAAUAUUACUCGGAGGUCACAAUACUAUCGUGGUACACAAUACAUGCGAGGAUUCUUUGUUGGCUAGCCCGAUCAUUUUAGAUCUGGUUUUGUUAGCAGAAAUUUGUUCGCGUAUUACAUUCAAAUUAGCGGACACGGAAGACGAGUUUACUAGAUUUCAUAACGUGCUUUCUAUAUUAUCGUAUCUUUGCAAAGCACCGUUAGUACCGCAAGGAACACCAGUGGUAAAUGCAUUAUUCAGGCAACGGACUGCAAUUGAAAAUAUUUUAAGAGCAUGUCUCGCGUUGCCUCCCGAAAACAAUAUGUUACUCGAGCAUAAAGUUAUGUUUGGGAAGCAGAUAUAAGUUCGAGAAAACAGAUUCUAUUUUUAAGAAUAACAUUAUCGCUGGUUUCGAAAAGAAAAUAAACGAGCAGUAUUGUCUGAGAAUAAUAUGAAAAACAGCAACAAACAUUAACGUUUUACUCCAUUAUUUUUUUAAUAUAAUUUUUAUAUGAGAGCAUCAAUUUACUGUGCACGUUCAAUUUCAUAGAAUAUUGCGAUAUGCAACUAUGACAUAUACUUCCAUAAGAGAAAAUCUAAAAGUAUAUUUUUACAGUGAAUACUUUUAUUUUUGGAUAUUUUUAAUAAUAAAAAGUUGCUAUUUUUCGAUAAGCCCAGAAUGUAAUUAUACACGUAAAAUUCGACAGUUUCAUCCAAGAAUAUUUUGUAACUUGCUGUACAGUUCCUUAUAUUU